AUGGCUUCAAAAACUUUCACCGGAAGUGAAGAGCGGCCUCUGACAAUUCGCGAAUGGCGUGAACUACAAGAGACUAUUUCUGAGCCAACGCACCUUUUAUCUUUGCUCGAGCGAGCAAAGCCGAAUACAUCAAAUGCGUGGAUCUCGUUGGCCACGCCGGAACAACUUAUUACACAAUGGGAGAAUAUCACUGAGCUUCGAGCCCAGGGGAAAGAUCUUCCACUAUUCGGCGUGCCAUUCGCUGCGAAGGAUAACAUUGACGCCGCCGGGUUCUGCACGACGGCUGCAUGUCCGUCUUUUGGGACUGAGCCUGUCACUACCGACUCAACAGUUGUGCAAAGGUUGAAGUCGCGAGGAGCAAUUAUCAUUGGCAAAACAAACCUUGACCAGUUCGCCACGGGACUUGUCGGUACGCGUUCACCGUAUGGGGCUGUAGCCAAUUCCUUCGAUCCAAAUCGAGUCAGUGGCGGCAGCAGCUCGGGGAGUAGCGUGGUUGUCGCUCAAGGCCUGGUCCCGUUCUCUCUUGGCACAGAUACAGCAGGAUCAGGUCGGGUCCCAGCAGGGUUCAAUAAUCUUGUCGGACUCAAGCCCACGCGUGGCGCUUUGAGUGCACAUGGCGUGGUACCAGCGUGCCGUUCUCUUGAUUGUGUUUCUAUCUUCGCCUUGACUCUCGAUGAUGCUGAACUCGUACUGCAACUGUCAGAGGGCUACGAUGCUCAAGAUGCGUACUCGAGAGAUCGUGCCCGCUGUGCGACUGACAGGUCUCCCCGAGGAGCCUUGCCUUCACAGCCGACAUUAGCUAUAUGUUCCCAUCCUGAGUGGUUCGGCCGUUCUGAGCAGGCUGCUGCAUACCAGAUGGCAUUGACUAAGGCUGAAGCGCUUGGAUGGAAGCUAGAGCCUGUUGAUUUCACACCCCUAUUCUCUCUUGCCAGCUUCCUCUACGAGGGCCCGUGGGUUGCCGAGCGAUAUGCUGCAAUCGACAAGUUCAUCCGCUCCAUGCCAGCCGAGGCCAUGGACCCGGUCGUUCGGAACAUCCUCAUGAAAGCUGAGAACUUUUCUGCUACAGACCUUUUCACAUGCGAGUACCGUCGUAAAGACCUGUCCCGUGAAAUCGAGCAGAUCUUCGGGCGAUAUGAUGCGCUGCUGGUGCCCACGACUCCUACUUUCCCUUCGAUGCAAGAUCUCAAGGAUGAGCCGGUCAAGGCCAACAGCCAGCUGGGUACGUAUACAAACUUCGUGAAUUUCAUGGACUGGUCUGCCCUAGCAAUUCCUGCUGGUUGGAGAGAAGACGGUCUGCCUUUCGGUAUUACACUGAUAGGAGAAGCGUGGGAAGAGCCCCGAUUGUUGGAUCUCGCUCGCCGCUGGAUGUCCGAUACACCGUGCUUGCUGGGAGCAACGGGUGUGAAACAUCAAGAGGCUUGCUUUGAGCGCACUGUCGCCUCCGAUGCUAUGCAAUUGGCGGUAGUCGGUGCCCAUCUUUCUGGCUUCCCUCUGAACGAGGACUUGGUCUCGCGCGGCGCAACCUUGAUCACUGCUACGACCACAGCGCCGUGUUAUCAGCUAUUCGCACUGCAAAAAAUGGACUCAAACGCAGUAUCCAAACCUGGGCUAAAAAGGGUUGCUGAUUGUGGAGAGUCCAUCGAAGUGGAGGUUUGGAACAUGCCGGCCAACAAAAUGGGCAGCUUUCUCGGUACUGUUACAGCACCCUUGGGCAUCGGUUCGAUUGAGUUGAAAGACGGCCAAUGGGUUCACGGGUUUAUCUGUGAGCCAAUCGGUCUCGAGAAUGCAGAGGAUGUCACUAGCUUUGGUGGAUGGCGAGGUUACAGCCAGUCGCUCAACACUUCUACCAACGAAUCAUCUCGGGCUGCAUCUGCUACGCCUGCAACGAGUCUUGGUGAGAAGCGGAUCAGAACUGUCUUAGUGGCAAACCGCGGGGAAAUUGCACUGCGCAUCAUUCAAACUCUUCGUGCGAUGGGAAUUAUGUCCGUUGCUAUUUAUUCAAGUGCCGAUGCACGCGCGCCACAUGUCACCGAAGCCGAUGCUGCACUUCCGCUGGUUGGAAACACGGUAUCUCACACUUAUUUGAACAGCAAGCAGAUCCUGAACUUAGCCAUGAAAGCCAAUGCCGAUGCUGUCAUUCCCGGAUAUGGGUUCCUUUCAGAGAAUGCCGACUUUGCUACCGCCGUUGAAGCUGCAGGUCUGGUGUGGGUUGGACCAACUCCACAGCAGAUGAGUGAUUUGGGCUUGAAGCACCGUGCUCGUGAAAUCGCUCUUACGGCCGGAAUUCCUAUUGUUCCCGGAAGCAAAGGUCUGGUCAUCAGCCUAGAAGAUGCACUGGCAGAAGCAGAGAGAAUCGGUUAUCCAGUGAUGGUUAAAAGCACCGCUGGUGGAGGUGGAAUCGGCCUCCAGAGAUGUGCGGACAUUGAUGCACUCCGAGAGGCAUUUGAUGGUGUUCGUCUAUUAGGACAGGCCAAUUUUGGAGAUGAUGGGGUUUUCAUCGAGCACUUCAUUGAUCGGGCCCGACACAUCGAGGUCCAAAUACUGGGUGAUGGGGCUGGUCGAGUUAUUUGUGCUGGUGAGCGGGACUGUUCGCUACAGCGUCGAAACCAGAAAGUGGUAGAAGAAUCUCCUGCUGGAUUUGUUCCAGUCGAAGUACGAGCGGAUAUGCGCCGCGCUGCCGCUGCCCUGGUAGCUUCCUUGCAAUACCGCAAUGUUGGUACCGUUGAAUUUAUCUUCGACAUCGAUACCGAGAAGUUCUACUUUCUGGAGAUGAACACGCGUCUGCAGGUCGAGCAUCCGGUGACUGAGGCUGUGACGGGUCUUGACCUUGUUGAGUGUAUGAUGCGCAUUGCCAUGGAUGAUUGUACAACUCUUUUCCCACAGCAAGUAAACGAGAUUCCUGUCUCCGGUGCAGCAGUUGAAGUUCGUGUCUAUGCCGAAAGUCCUCUUCAAGAAUUUCGACCUUCCCCUGGAACGCUCUUGAACGUGGAGUUUCCAUCCGGUGUCCGCGUUGACACUUGGGUCAGUUCGGGCCAGGAGUUAUCGUCAUCUUUUGAUCCAAUGAUUGCAAAGAUAAUCGCACACGGUGAUGACCGUUCUGCAGCUCUUCGAAAGCUCUCAGAAGCUCUGACAAAGACAACAAUCACAGGCGUGGAAACAAACAUGAGAUACCUGCAGCAAAUAAUUGCUUGGGACGCGUUCCAUUCCGGAGCCUUUACGACAGGGUCGCUCAAUAGCUUCCCAUACGAGGCUCAAGUAGUCGAAGUUAUCGAUGGUGGGUCCGACACAGCUGUACAGGACUUCCCUGGCCGGCAAGGUCUAUGGCAUAUCGGCGUGCCACCCUCCGGUCCAAUGGAUUCCUACUCAUUCCGUCUCGCCAACAAAAUAGUGGGCAAUGAUGAGCAUGCUGCAGGACUCGAGUGCUCGUUCCAGGGCCCGACACUGCUCUUCCACUCCCCUACUAUCGUGGCUGUCGUUGGUGCCAAUGCCCCUGUCACAUUGGACGAGGAGGAAAGGGAGCACGGAAUGGCUAUAAGUGUUGGAGCCGGACAGAAACUUUCCAUCGGGACAGCCACCAACGGCUCUCGAGUUUAUCUCGCUAUUCGAGGCGGCAUCCAGGUCCCGGAAGUUCUAGGCAGCCGUUCAACAUUUGCUAUCGGCCAUCUCGGAGGACACAAUGGACGUAGUCUUCGCAUCGGUGAUCUCCUUCCAAUGGCGCCUGCUACCAAGAAGGAAUUCCCGUUGCUCAAGGCUCCACUUAUGGUCCUGCCGUCAAUUGAGAACCGAGAAUGGGUCGUUGGUGCGAUUCCUGGGCCACACGGUAGUCCGACUCAUUUCACACAAGAUGGGCUUGGAGAACUUUUCAAUGGAAUAUGGACCGUCCACUAUAAUAGCAACCGUCUGGGCAUCCGUUUAACCGGGCCCCGUCCAGAAUGGGCAAGGGAAACCGGUGGUGAUGCUGGUUUGCAUCCCUCCAACAUCCACGAUAGCCCUUAUUCGAUCGGAAAUGUGAGUUUCACAGGUGACGAAGCAGUUGUUUUGACAGCAGACGGGCCGAGUCUGGGUGGGUUUGUCGCCUUUGCCACGAUCGCGGAGGCCGAGAUGUGGAAAUUUGGUCAGAUGCGACCGGGCGAUCACCUUCGGUUGCACCCGAUAUCUCUUGAUGAUGCAAAGACGCUUGCAAGAAAUUUUGAUCACUCAAUCGCUACUCUGAGCCCACUGAAAAACACAUAUCUCCAGCAGACAAACUCUGUGGCCAUAACCAGUGCGAUAGUAAAGGAUAUUUCCGAAGCUGGCCGCUUCAUUCGAUGCAGCCAGGCAGGUGAUCGAGCCUUGCUACUUGAUUUUGGCACCGAAGAUAAUUUCACGAUGCGGCAGACAUUUCACAUGAUGAGCUUCAUUGACAAACACCGAUCCUCUCCAAUUUUAGGUGUUGAGGAGCUCACCUCGGGGGUUCGAAGCCUGCAUGUUCGCUUAGAAGCGAAUUUCUCAUUACCUCAAGUCCUUGAUGCGCUAACCGCACACGAGGUCUCGCUUGGAACGGAGCUUCCAUCUCGACUACCCUCACGGAUCGUGCGUAUGCCUCUUGUUUUCGAUGACGAGAGGAGCCGCAAAGCAAUCGCCCGCUAUACAUCGACAAUUCGUUCGUCGGCACCGUAUCUGCCCAGCAACAUCGAGUUCUUGCAGAAACUGAACGGACUUGAAAGUCCCGAUCAGGUGGAAAGCAGUUUGUAUGAAGGCGCAUUUCUCGUAUUGGGCCUUGGUGAUGUGUACCAAGGGUCUCCGUGUGCCAUUCCACUAGAUCCCCGUCAUCGACUCUUCGGAACGAAGUACAACCCGUCCCGUUCAUUUACUCCUCGUGGUGCUGUCGGUAUUGCCGGUCAAUACCUAUGCAUUUAUGCGACAGACUCGCCUGGCGGGUAUCAGCUCGUAGGUCGUACGGUUCCCAUCUGGGAUGAGUUCCACAAGUCCGAACUGGGCGAGAAGUCCCCGUGGACAUUUUCACUUCUGGAUCAGAUUCGUUUCUACCCCGUGAGCGAAGAAGAACUUUCUGCAGCAGAAGCAAAUGGAACUUCUAGCGAUCUCAUCAAGAUUUCUGACACUGAGCUCGACCUCGACGAAUAUGAAAAGUGGUUGGGAGAGAACGAGGAGGAUAUCACCGCUGUGCGGGAGCAACGAUCAAAGUCAGUCCAUGAAGCGAAAUUCUUUGACGAUCUACUCAAACCAUACGAUCCGAUCGCAAUGCGACCAAGUCUGGGACAGGGAAGCUAUGAAUCCAUGAAUGGAGAGCGGGUGAAGGCACUUUUACCUGGACGAUGUUUCCGUUGCACUGUCGAGGAGGGAGACCAUGUUCAAGCAGGAGACGCUCUGUUCUGGAUUGAGUCCAAUAAAAUGGAGGUCAAAAUUUGUGCACCAGUCAGUGGGAAAUGUGUGAGAGUGCUGGUGGAAGAGGGAGACAUUCUUGGGCCCAGUGACGAUGUUAUUAUUAUUCAGUAA